CCGGGCCCCGCCCCCGCUGCGGGGCCUUGGGCGGGACGGAGACCGGGUCCUGGGGCUCAGCUGGUGCAUCGGGGGCUGCAGGAGAGCGGCUUUACUUCUGGCCGCGGAGGCCGGAACUUCCUGCGCGACCGUCCCGCGAGUCAUUUCCCGGUGUCGGCUCUGAGUCCCCGCAGCCCGAGACCCUGGAUCGGGUGGGAACGUGGGGCCUAGCCGCUGACCCUGCCCGGGGGCUUUUCCGCAUCGUGCAGGAAGGACAGGGAAGCUCGGACCCUCCGUCCCGCCUUUGCACCAGCCGGGACCCCCUGGAACUGGGGUGUCCGCCGGGGUCUGGAGGUCGGCGCGCUCUCCGCACCCGCAGAGGCGGCCUGGGCCGCGUGCGCCUUUUACCGGCUUAGGGAGGGGGCACUGGGGACCGCAGCGCCACCCUCAGCCCGGGUCCUGUCUCACCCGGGCUGGCAGGAUAGAUGGUGGGGGGGCUGAGUCCCUGAGAGCCACCUCUGUCACCUGCCUCUGACCUUUCCCAGGCCUCGAUGGCUGUGGCGGCGUUGAUGGACCCCGGGCAGGGCUGUGUGACCUUUGAGGACGUGACCAUUUACUUCUCUCAGGAGGAGUGGGGACUGCUGGACGAGGCUCAGAGGCUCCUCUACUGUGAUGUGAUGCUGGAGAACUUUGCACUCACAGCCUCACUGGGACUUACAUCUUUCAGGUCCCACAUAGUUGGCCAACUGAAUAUGGGGAAAGAGCCCUGGGUGCCUGACAGAGUGGAUAUGACAACGGCCAUGGCAAGAGGGGCUUAUGGCAGGCCUGGUUCUGAUCUUUGCCAUGGAAGAGAGGGUGAGAAGCUACCUUCUGAACAAAGUGUCUCUGUAGAAGGAGUUUCACAGGACAGGAAUUCCAAGGCAGCUCUAUCUACCCAGAAGACCUACCCUUGUGACACGUAUAGCCUACAGUUGAAAGACUACCAGGCAACAUAUCCCAGGCAGAAGCUAUCUAUGUGUGAGGUGAAUGGAAGAGGGUUCAAGGUCAAUGCAAGUCCUCUCCAGCAACAGGCACAGCAGAAUGCAGACAGGUCUGUCAGAAGGGAGGAAGGCAGGGCCUCUCCUAUGAAGACCUUCAGAGAACACACAUCAGAGAAGACUUUCAUGUGCAGGGACAGCAGGAAGGACUUUGCGACCACAUCAGGCUCUCUGCAGCAUCAUGUCACUCCAAGUGUGGAGGAGUCACACGGGAGCAGUGAAGGUGCAGUGGAUUCUCAAACUAUGCGAAGACAUAACAAGAGCUGUGAAUUCAGGGACGGCGAAUUUUUGAGUGACAAAUCCACACUUGUUCAGCACCAGAGAAUCCAUGCUGGAGAAAGGCCUUAUGAAUGCAGCAAGUGUGGAAUAUUCUUUAGCCAUGUUACCGGUCUCAUUCAACACCAGAGGGUUCACAGCAGAGGAAAACCUUAUGAGUGCUGCGAAUGUGGCAAAUUCUUUAGCCAAAACUCCAGUCUCAUAAAGCAUCAGAGAGUUCACAGUGGUGAAAGCCCUCAUGUGUGCAGCGACUGUGGGAAAUUUUUUAGCCGAAGUUCCAACUUUAUUCAACAUAAGAGGGUUCACACUGGAGAAAAGCCAUAUGAAUGCAGUGAAUGUGGGAAAUUCUUUAGCCAUCGCUCCAACCUCAUUCAUCAUAAGAGGAUUCACACUGGUAGAAGUGCUCAUGAAUGCAGGGAAUGUGGGAAAUCCUUCAAUUGCAACUCCAGCCUAAUUAAACAUUGGAGAGUUCACACUGGAGAAAGAUCUUAUAAGUGCAAUGAAUGUGGAAAAUUCUUUAGACACAUUGCUAGUCUCAUUCAACACCAGACCGUUCACACUGGUGAACGACCUUUUAGGUGCAGUGAAUGUGGGAAAGCCUUCAGCCGAAGCUCUUACCUCAUGAAACAUCAGAGAGUUCACACUGGUGAACGGCCUUAUGAGUGCAACGAAUGUGGGAAAUUGUUUAGCCAAAGCUCCAGUCUUAAGAGCCAUUGGAGACUUCACACUGGUGAACGACCAUAUCAGUGUAGUGAAUGUGGGAAAUUCUUUAACAAAAGCUUCAGCCUCAAUAACCACCGGAGGCUUCACACUGGUGAACGGCCUUUUGAGUGCAGUGAAUGUGGGAAAACCUUCAGACAAAGGUCAAAUCUGAGUCAGCACCAGGAAGUUCACAAACUAGACAGGCCUUAUGAGUGUAAUGAAUGUGGGAAAGCCUUCAGCCGAAGCUCUGACCUCAUGAAACAUCAGAGAGUUCACACUGGUGAACGGCCUUAUGAGUGCAACGAAUGUGGGAAAUUGUUUAGCCAAAGCUCCAGUCUUAAUAGCCAUCGGAGACUUCACACUGGUGAACGACCAUAUCAGUGUAGUGAAUGUGGGAAAUUCUUUAACAAAAGCUCCAGCCUCAUUAACCACCAGAGGCUUCACACUGGUGAACGGCCUUUUGAGUGCAGUGAAUGUGGGAAAACCUUCAGACAGAGGUCAAAUCUGAGUCAGCACCAGGAAGUUCACAAACCAGACAGGCCUUAUGAGUGUAAUGAAUGUGGAAAAGCCUUCAGCCGAAGGCCCACCCUCAUUCAGCAUCAGAAAAUUCACGCCAGAGAAAGGAAUAUAGAGAAUGUACUCCCUCCUUGUUCAACACAACACCACACACCGGAGAGAAGCUCUGAGAGUAGGCUUUAUGAGGAGCUCUCAGACAGAUGUUGAACCUUGGUCACCUAAUAGUCUGCACUGGGGAGAUUUCCUAUGGAUGCUCGAUAUGGUGGAAGCUUCCAGGAGCUGAGUUGCAUUUUCCGACCGUGAAUGUUAUCAGAGUUCUGUCACUGUGAGGAUUUAUAACAGAAGCUAUCCCACUGACAGACCUCCAGAGUGUACGUCAGCCUCUCCACACACUCAGGGAAGGCAGAGCUCUUUCUGCUCCCUGGAGAGAAUGAUCAGUAGCCUGAGGCCAUUGGAAGAUGUCCUUCCCUUCCCCUGUGGCAGAUUUAUCUGUGGACAUGAUCCAUUUUUAGCCAUGAAGACCUGAGUGUGGUUCUACUGGCAGCUUGCAGAAAGGGUUUCCCUUUUUCAGGGACAUUGGUCUAAUGUGAUUCUUGUGAUGGACUUAUACAGCCUCUGUGUUACCUGGCCCAAAUACCUACUUCACAUUGCUAUUUUGUGUGAUAAUAAGGACUUUAUUGAUAAAGCCACCUUUAAUCUCUGUGUUCUGAUCACUCUUAGGAGUGGGAUGAGAACAGAGCAAAUGUCUACUAAAUUAAAGAAGUGUUAUGUGUGUCUCCAAA